AUGCCUGCCGGACUGGAAGCCCAGGCCAAUGCCGGUGCAAGUGAGGAUGAAGUCAGCAGUGUCGCCGAAGCCGUGGACGUGAUUCACAUGCUGUCUGAAAACAGACACUUCCACGACUUGCCAUAUUUCCAGAGUUGCAGGAGUCACCACUGUCCAGCUGGUUCUUUCGAUGUAUCAGGCCAAGACAUGGCGAGAAUGCUUCGCUGCCUCGAGGACUUGCUUGAUGUCCCCUGGUUCUCGCGCACUUGGACCGUCCAAGAAGUCGUCCGCGCAGUAGACGCCACGGUCAUGCGUGGUCCGAUAUCAUUGCCUUGGCGUACUCUGGUCACUGCCUGCUUGAAUUGGGUUAGGCACUUCGACUCUUGCUGCCAUAGUUGCAUCUUCGGCCUGACAAUCCAUGACUUUGACCAGCUCCAACGCCUGUUCGUGCAAGUAAUCAAGCUGCACCACGCGAAGCUACAACAAAGGCAGGACCAAGCGUUGCAUGAAAUCCUAAUCGACUUCCAGGCCAAAGAGGCAACUGAUCCCAGAGACAAGAUAUACGGACUUCUCAGUCUUCAGUCAGAAAGCAGACGCGUGAACCUCAACCCAGAUUACACAUUGUCGGUCCGUGAAGUCUUCGUCCAAGCUGCAACAGCCAUGAUGCAGAAGGAAAUGUGGCCGCUGCCCUUACACUGCGAACUGGAGCACGAUGUGUCGCUGCGUUCUUGGGUGCCCGACUGGACACGGCGUACAGCCGAAUCAGCGGCGUCCAUGGCUGCAAGGCUUGAAUGCGCGGUGACAUAUAACGCGGCUCCACAUCUUGAAGGCAGUGUAGCUGUGCUAUGUAAUGAUGUGUUGAUGGUUACUGCAGCCAGGUUUGAUAUUGUGGUGAAGGUAUCCUCGGCCCACAGGUGGGUGAAAACAUUGGCUGAGCAGUUGAUUCUGGUCCAGGAGUGGUACACCUUCGUCGAUGAGAACAAAGGUGUCCAAGAGGAGUAUGUCGGUGGCGGAGCCAUGGAAAUGGCGUUCAAUAUGAGCAUGUUGGCAGGCCGAUACUUCGUUGGCGAUGAGUUCCGGCAUGCAACAAUGCACGAUGUCGAGCGACUGCGCCAAACGUGGUUGGAGACGACGCAACGCCUCCAAGAGGGACCAAAUGCUUCGACGACCAUGGAUCCUGAUAUCCACUCCCAGAACAUCGCCAGCCUGCGAAGACGGAUGUGCGUCACGGCCAAGGGCUAUGUCGGGUUGUGUCCAGAUGCUGUCACACCUGGCGACGACAUCUUCAUCGUCAUGGAUGCACCAGCGCCGAUUUUCUUGCGACCUUGCGAACCUGCAGAGAACGCUAAAAUCGUCCUACACAGAGCGCUCGGGCAUGGGUAUAUCCACGGCUUGAUGGACGGCGAAGCAUCGCGUAUGAACCUCGACAGCACCAAGCUUUAUAUCAAGUGA